UGUUUGUCUUCAAUAUUCUAUGUUAGUUGAAUUCUUGUUGAAGACCAGAGUAAUCAUAGCCCUAUAGUUCAAGUUAAAUUACCAAAUUUAUCAUCAAUCUCACUGGUAAACACACCUAAAACCAGUAGUAGAUCAUUCAUUCGCAAUCAGAGUACCUAUUUUUAUUCGAAAUCAUAUCGAUUUAGUUUGGCUUUGACUAGUUGAACAAAACAUGUGUGUGAGCAACACCCCCUGCUGUGUGCAAGUGUGUCUGCUCCUCCUGUGGACCUCAGUCUUCUUCUCCUCCGUCCUCCUCCUCUUCCUCCACUCUUCCUUCCAGCCCUCAGACUACACUCUGCACUAUGUGGUGGGCACAGGCGACAGCAGCAGGAAUGAGUUCCUUCUCCCAUUCCCAAAGUGGUUCUGCAGCCGCCUCACUCUCAAUCAAACCGAUGGUCCAGAAGGAAAAAUCUGCGUAGUUCAACCGAAAACUCCGACGGACGGAAAUAACAAAAAAAUCAAGGUGUCUCACAAGAACCAGCUUCUUCCGAGUCAGGGAAAGUCAAUCAUCAGCCAGACGCUCAAGUCCAAAAACGAAUAUCCAGGUAUUGACCACGAUAUGAACAGCACUGAAGGCUUCUACUUCUUCAAUCUCAAAGUCUCCGUAGCAGAUCAGGAACAGACAUCAGCUGUGGCCAUCGGAGUAUUCGACUCAUACUCCCAGGCCAAAGCAGCUCUGGGAUUAUCCGGAAACAAUGAUUCCUCUCACUGUCUCGAUUCUCCUACUCAUCUCGUGCAGCCUGGCCAGAAUUGGAAUCUUUAUUACGAGGAAAACAAACCACGUGACGUGAUAGUGGUCAUGUGUCCACAAAACAAAAACCAACAAAUAUACGCCUGGUAUGAUUUGGAAGUCGUAAAGUACAACACAGUUCUCUCGAGUGAUAUGAGUUGUCAGGACUACAACGAUGACUUCAAUGUACACUACUGCCAUGGAAGCAAUACAUGCAGUGUUGGUCUGGUUUUGCUUACGACCGAUGAUCUGGACUACUUCUCAUAUGAUCUGUGGACCAUGUGGACUCCCAUUGCUCUUAUGUCAGACAGUGACCUUGACCUCAAGCGAGAGACCUUGACCUCUUCUUCUUCUUCCGCUGCUGAUCUGGGAGCAACUGUGUGGUCUGUGUCUUGUCACUUCAGAAUGGAUGUUCUGGCCCCUAUUUUAGCAGCAGAGGUGUGUGUUACUGUCACUAUCUUUCUGACUUCUUGCAUGUGCUGCAGAAGGGCAAAGAACCCGUAUUAAUAAACAGAAGUUAUUCUCAAAUCACACCUGGACGGAAGCCAAAAAACAAAAAUACAAAACAGAAGCAUAUCAGAAUAAAUGAACAUCAGCGUGGCGGCUCAGUAAUCGUACAACCAAAUCUAUCAUAAUCUGAAACCUUCUUUAUUUUCUUUCAACAUAAUUUCA